ACCUGCAGCCUCGUGUGGCUAGAAGAGUUGUUGCCUGAGGCUGAGAAGCGAGAAGUCUCCCCGGCAGGCUAACCGCACGCAAUCGCUGGAUUGGUCAAGGUAGGCAUCUAGAAAGGACGCUCAAGCAUCAGGAGAUAUUCGAGCUUCUCGGUGCCUCAGCCCCCUCAGCCAAAUCCCCGCAACAUGCCGACGCCCGAGUCCGAGCUCUUCAAGAGCCAGAAGCCGACGGUUCCCCCGACGUUCAACGGCGUUGAUUUCGACGACACCAAGGCCUUCAAGGCUGCCGAGGAUGCCAUCAUUCGAGAACAAUGGGUCGGCGCCAUGAUGACCCGUCUUGUAGGCGAGGAAUUGGGCAAGUGCUAUGUCCGGGAGGGAGUCAACCACCUGGAGAACUGCGGCCAUUUGAGAGAAAAAUACCUGCAGCUGCUGGGACAGAACAAGGUCAAGGGAACCAAGUUCAUCCAGCAGAACUACUUGGAGAAGAAGGACCAGGAGAUUGAUUUGGAGCGCAAGGUGCACCCGACCGACAGGAUUGCCAAGCUGAACCACGGACGAUUCUCAUGAAUCCGAUGAAAGCCACCAAUUAAACAUGUAUCACAUUUCUUUUUGUCUCUUAUUUUGCGUUAUUGGACGGCCGACUCAACCGGCUGAGGGGGUCAUGUCUGGGAUGGAGUAGAGCCAUGGUUUAGAGG